AUGUCUAUGCAAUCAACUAAUUUAAAAGAGGAAUAUGUUCCAUUAUCGGAAAUAAAACGUCCAAUUCCACCAGUUUUAGAUCAUCAAAAAAUAGAUGCUAUGGUAUCUACAUUAAAAGGUGUACCAAUGGAAUCAGCUACUUGUAAAGUUGAGGAUAUAAAAUCAGGUGAAUUACCACCUGUUGAUGUGUUUAAAAUUAGAGAAGAAGGUAAAAAUUAUUAUUUUGCAUUUGGUGGUUGUCAUAGAUUUCAAGCUUAUGAUCGAAUGAAUUUUCAAAGUGAUAAAGAAGUAUUAGUAAAAUGUAAAAUACUUCCAGCUACAAGAAAAACAUUGAAAUUAUAUCUUGGUGCUUCAGUAGAUAAUAUGUUUAAUGAUAUAGAUAAUAACGAAAGUGAUGCUAAAAGUUGA